CACUUGCACCCCAAAUCGCCUUAUGGUUGUUUAGACUUCAACGCUUUUCGCAUAUGUGCGGGCAUUUCUUUUCAUUUUUCGACAAACGCAGCAAAGCAACGAGGAACUGGGAACAAAAGCGGAUUUUUCAUCGAGAUUAUUGGGUCCCAUCUGGUCCCAGACCGUCUUUCCGCCGAGCUCCGAUCCUGUGAUACAGGUUUUGCUGCCGUCCUGUGACGGGAUUUAUCCUCUCAGCUGUUGGGUGUAAGGUGGAGAGGAAGCAAAGAUGCCUAAACCGAUCAAUGUCCGUGUGACCACCAUGGAUGCAGAGCUAGAGUUUGCCAUCCAGCCCAACACCACAGGAAAACAACUGUUUGACCAGGUGGUGAAAACAGUGGGUCUGCGUGAGGUUUGGUUCUUUGGCCUACAGUAUGUGGACAGUAAAGGCUACGUCACAUGGCUCAAACUAAAUAAGAAGGUCACCCAACAAGAUGUGAAGAAAGAAAACCCUCUGCAGUUCAAGUUCAGAGCCAAGUUCUUUCCUGAGGACGUCUCGGAGGAGCUUAUCCAAGAGAUCACCCAGAGACUCUUCUUCUUGCAGGUCAAGGAGGCCCUCCUGAACGAUGAGAACUACUGCCCUCCAGAGACGGCUGUGCUGCUGGCUUCAUAUGCCGUCCAGGCCAAGUAUGGAGACUACAGCAAAGAUGUCAACAAGCCUGGGUACCUUAGCCACGACAGACUGCUGCCUCAGAGAGUCCUGGAGCAGCACAAGCUGACGAAGGAGCAGUGGGAAGACAGGAUACAGACAUGGCAUGAAGAACACAGAGGAAUGCUCAGAGAGGACUCGAUGAUGGAGUAUCUGAAGAUCGCCCAGGACCUGGAGAUGUAUGGUGUCAACUACUUUGAAAUCAAAAACAAAAAGGGCACGCAGCUGUGGCUGGGUGUGGACGCUCUUGGCCUCAACAUCUAUGAGCAUGAGGAUAAACUGACACCAAAGAUCGGUUUCCCUUGGAGUGAAAUUCGAAAUAUUUCUUUCAAUGACAAGAAGUUUGUCAUCAAACCUAUUGACAAAAAAGCACCUGACUUUGUAUUUUAUGCUCCGCGUCUGCGCAUCAACAAACGUAUUUUGGCGUUGUGUAUGGGUAACCACGAGUUGUACAUGAGGAGGAGAAAGCCCGAUACUAUUGAGGUGCAGCAGAUGAAAGCCCAAGCCCGGGAGGAGAAACACCACAAACAGAUGGAAAGGGCCCAGCUGGAAAACGAAAAGAAGAAACGAGAGCAUGCAGAAAAAGAAAAGGAGAGGAUAGAGCGCGAGAAGGAGGAGCUGAUGGAGAGACUGAAACAGAUCGAAGAGCAGACAAUGAAAGCUCAGAGAGAGCUUGAGGAACAGACUCGUCGGGCCAUGGAGCUGGAGCAGGAGAGAAAGAGAUCACGGGAGGAGGCCGAGAGGCUGGAGAGGGAAAGACAAGCAGCCGAGGAGGCAAAGUCAGAGCUGGCCAAGCAGGCUGCUGACCAGCAGAAGACCCAGGAGCAACUGGCUGCUGAGUUGGCUGAAUUCACAGCAAAGAUCGCCCUCCUUGAGGAAGCCAAGAGGAAGAAGGAGGACGAGGCCACUGACUGGCAGUACAAGGCUCUGUCGGCCCAGGAGGACCUGGAGAAGACCAAGGAGGAGCUAAAGUCUGCCAUGACGGUGGUGCCCGUACCUCUAGGCGGCCACAGCGAGAGCGAACACGACGAGCAAGAUGAGAACCACGCCGAGGCCAGCGCAGAGCUCUCCAACGAGGGCGUGAGCCAGCUGGACCUCCGCAGCGAAGAGGAGCGCGUCACCGAAGCCCAGAAGAAUGAGCGGGUCAAGAAGCAGCUGCAGCAAUUUGUUUGCAAAGAAGAAACACGGGCCAAGCAAUGGCAAAUCAGGACAUUAAGUUCAGAGCUGGAACAGGCCAGAGACGAAACCAAGAAGACGCAGAACGACGUGCUACACGCCGAGAACGUCAAAGCGGGCCGCGACAAAUACAAAACUCUGCGCCAGAUCCGAUCGGGCAACACGAAGCAGCGCAUCGACGAGUUUGAGUCCAUGUGAGGGCCGGUCCUGUCCCAGCAGCCAUCUGGCUUUCAGGGGCACUGGCUCCAAGACUUUCCCCUGAAACGACUGCUCAGUGUUUUAUUUUUUUGUUGUUUUUUUUUUUUUGAUGGACGACAGACGCUGUCGUCCUCGUCUCCCUCAACAUAUCCAGGCAAUCUGGUGAAAUCCUCUCGUCAAACUUUUGCCAAACUCCUGUCCAACAUCUCCGUGUUGGGAUUCCUCCCUUAUCUGGAGCUGGAUACGCGCCACUCUGAACAAGCAAUUUAUCAUCUCCAAUCUCCAAGCGGAGAGAGAAAAAGAGUAAUUGUAAGACCAAGACUGAAAUUAUUAGAAUAUUUGUUUUGAGUAAACAAGGCCAUAGAAAGCUACUUUAUUUUCCCUAUUCUUUGUGGUUUUGCUGUCCUCAUCUUGUUCUUAAAUUGUUUUUUUUUUUAUUCCCCCUUCUGCUUUGGUUGACUCAUUUUAUCGAUGAUGCCCUUUUCUUUUUGUUUGUCAAACCCAUUAAGUGAGUUUAAUCCGAGGAAGCGGGUUAAGAUUUGGGGAAUUAGUGAGUUCACUAGCUCAUUAGCAGUCAGAGUGCUUCUGUUACAUCACAUCAAAACGUGUCAUGCAUAAUAUUUGCUAAAGAGCUGAGGUCAAUUGACUGUAUACACUCUAUUCAAACUAUAAUUUAAAGUGACAUUAAUAGAAAGAGGAAAAAAAAAGAUCCUGCAGUUCUUUAUUAGGUUGAUUACUGGAUGUAUUUUGAGAUUUAAAACGAACAAAUCCUUCCUGUGAAUGAAAUCGAAGUGAACUGACCCUCGCGGGGGAAAGAACCAGUUAUCACGCCGCAGGUUUUGACGAGUGAAUGUAGCAAAGGUAACAAAGGGAAGUUUUUUUUUUUAGUUUAGUCAAACACGUAGAGGUCAUAGGAUGGCAUGUAAUCAGCUUCUGCCACUGAGCUGUCACCCUCCAGGUUCAAAGUAUUAUGAAGAUAAGCUAAUUGGUAGUAGUGUUGUUGUUGUGUGUUUUUGUAUGCGUGUACUUUCCAGUUGCAUCCUAGUGUUUCAUUCCUGGUCACCAUCGAUGGUUUUCUCUGCCUGCCAGCUCACAAAGGAAUCCAGGGAAUUCAGUGGAGAGACGGAAAAACAGAUGGAUCAAAGAGUCCAAGCUGUUUGUGUCUGUCCUGGUUGAGUGUUUGUAACUGCAUGUGUGUGUGAGGUCAUUUCUGUGUGUGUGUGUCUGUGUGUGUGUGUGAUGGAGCUGAGACCUGGCACCUCUCUGGCUGGGGAGCUUAUGAAAACAUCGGUCCCGACCCGGGGCAUAUAUCUCUACCUCAGUAAUAAUAGCCGUGGUGGCUGUCAGUCAAACACUCUGAAUGCUCGAUCCCGUCCCUGCCUAAAAGAACGAAUCUGAGUCCUGAUGUUGCUCGUUUGCUGUUACAUCUUCAGGUGUUGCUCCUGCGCAGGCUACCCAGUUGCUUUCUGACUGUGGUUUAAGGUUAGAAGAGAAGAUUUAAGAUUUGCCCAAGUGAGAACAUGGAUCUGAAAUGUAGACCCAUCGUUACACGAGUCUCGCCCAACCUUGCUCAGAUGUUGCAGGUUGUUUAAACUGGAUUUUUUUUAUCCCGAUCAGGUGCUGCAAAUAUCUGAAUAUAAAUUGUAUUUUCAGAAAAGGCUAUGCGAAGUUGUCUAAUAGGGCCCUGGAUCUGCAGAACCACCUGUGUUAAACACUCCUUUUUUUAAAAAGAGGAUUCUUGUGUGCUUGGAUUAAAAUGGCCUUAAGUGUCUGCUCCUAAUUUCUGUCUCAUACAGUUUCACACUAUUGAAGCAACUUGCAGAUAUGGAGGGAGAUUUUGGAAAUGAGAGAUUAGUGAAUCUGUAAGGAGAUGAGUAUCAGAGCUGUUAAUGGAAAUGGAGAAAAAAGCCAAUUUCUUCCCCUAAAAAGUCUUUUUAUGAAUUGAAAUCUUAGAAGAAAAAAAGACAAGAAAACAUGUCCCAGGGUGCGUUUUUGAAAUGAGUGAACAUUACGAUUUUUUUUUCUGUUUUUUUUUUUUUAUUUUAGUAAAAAUAUAAUGAAAAAUGUUUAUGUAAUUUUGUUGUGCUCCACUUGACAGCUGAUAUAAGUUUUUUUUUUUUUUUUUUAUAGUCAGUUUUAAAGUUAAAGCACCUGUGUGAAACGAGACUGAAGGCUGCCUUUUGUGUUAAACUUCAGUGUCUAAGUAUUGUUUUACCAUCGCAGGUAAAAAAAGACAAAAAAAAUCCUGUGCUUCCAGCUCCUGUUUUUGUAUCAUUUUCAAAGACCCCAAACCAGUAGCAGGAUUUGGAAAUGGCUUCAUUGGAGGGGAAAACUCUUCCUGACAUGUCUGCACUCUAAAACCCUGCGCGUACGAGCUGGUAGGCUUCAGUUUGACUCCUUUUCUUCACAACGUCCCCUCCGAUGAAGCUGACGCCCGUGAUGAUGCCUGCUCUGGCACCAGCUGUCCGCUUUGCUUUGCUUUUCUUUUCCUUCUCGUUCCUCUUCCCUGCGUUGUGUUCAUGUUAGUACUCUUUACUAUAGGAGGCACAGGGGGAUUUCAGUCCUUUUCAUUGGUUCUCAAAUAAAAGUUUUAAAUUUUAAGGAUA